AAAAUGGCAGCGUGGCUCUAUGAUGGGCUUUGCUUUCUUUUUGACUUUGGCAAUGCUUGCAAUUUUUUGCUGGACAAACCCUGGCUCAUGACAGAACUGUUAGCAAACAAAAUCAUCCAUGGAUUCAGAGCAGCUCAUCCUUCUACAACACAAACAGCAUCAGAACAGCCACGAGCUGUGUCUGUUUCUGAUGAAGAGGAUGAACACGUUGAUGAUAAGGAGUAUGAAUUGGAACUCCAACCUGUGGCAGUACACCAACUCAAACAGACAAAAUCAGUCCCAGCUUUGGUCAGCACUCCAUUUGAUAGUGCACAACCAGGAUCACAAGGCCUGAUGACUCCAUCAUUUUCUGAUGAAGAGGUCAAAGAUGAAGGAGAUAAAGAUGGAAAACAUGAGGAUAAAUGUGAUGAGGCUGAAAGUGGCGAAAACUGGGAAGAUGACUAUGAGCCUGUCCCUGUUAUGAUGCCACAGUCUGAACACAGUAAAUCAGACUCAUACAGUCAGACAUACGGGCAGCAGAAACAAUUCAAAGCGGCAAACAAGGACGUCCUGGACAAACUGAGGAGCAUUGUGAGCGUGGGACACCCCCAGAAGAAAUACUUAGAAACUGAAAAACUCGGCCAAGGGGGAUAUGGAGCUGUUUACCGAGCUGUCGAAAUCGACACUAAAGGAGAGGUGGCUAUUAAGCACAUGACCAUCAGGAAAGAGUCUGAAAGGGUUCUAAUGAAUGAAAUCCUGAUUAUACGGGAACACAAGCACCCAAACAUUGUCAACUAUUUAGACAGCUAUGUGGUGGAUAAUGAACUGUGGCUGGUUCUGGAAUACCUGGCUGGAGGCUCCCUGGAUGAUGUUAUUAAAGAGGUGUAUAUGGAGGAAGGACAGAUUGCAGCUGUCUGUAGGGAGUCUCUGCAAGGCUUGGAUUUCCUCCAUUCCAAUGCAAUGAUUCACAGAGACAUCAAAAGCUGUAACAUCCUGCUUGGAAUGGAUGGGUCUGUCAAACUGGCUGAUUUUGGCCUCUGUGCUCGGAUCACCCCUGAGCAGAAUAAAAGGAUGACAUAUUGUGGAACUCCCCACUGGAUGGCACCAGAAAUUGUGAAGGCAGAGCCAUAUGGCCCCAAGGUAGACAUUUGGUCCCUUGGCAUAACAGCAAUAGAGAUGGCGGAAGGAGAACCACCGUAUGCCUAUGAAACGUGUAACAGGGUGAACAUUCUGAUUGCUGCUAAUGGAACACCAAAGUUGAAGAACCCUGAUGAAGUGUCUGCAGAGCUUCGCAACUUUCUCAACUGCUGCCUGGAGGUGGAUAUGGACAGGCGAUGGUCUGCCAAGGCCCUUCUGCAGCAUCCCUUUGUCACAUCAGGAUGGCCUGUCUCCACCUUGAUUCCACUGAUCACUGCAGCAAAGGAAGCAAAAAAUGGCAUCCAUUAGUGCUUGAAGCCAAGACCCUACUGUGACAUCUUGGAGUAGGACUUAAAAGGGAAGCUUGAUAAUGCCUCAACUCUUCUUCUGCAGAACUGACGGACAGUUCAACACCCCACUCAUCACUAUCCUCUUGGUAGAAUAGAGAACAGCUCAGUCCCUCUAAAUGUAAAUAAAACA